CGGGGUCCUGAGUGCAAUGAAGAUCCGAUUUGCCCCCCUCCGUAUUCCCCUGGAGCGUAGGCUGCAGACCCUGGGGGUUCUCCAAUGGAUUUUCUCCUUUCUAGCUCUGGCGCAGUGCUGCUUGGCCAUUUUUGUCCUGCUGUUCCUCACUGAUUACUGGUACGUCGCUGCCUUAUACGCCGGCUGGUUACAUUUGGACCGAGAGACGCCAAGGAGCGGCGGUCGGAGGUCAGCCUGGGUCCGGAGCUGGCCGGUGUGGCGUUACUUUCGUGACUACUUCCCGAUCACGCUGGUGAAGACAGCGGAUUUGGAUCCCAAGCACAACUACCUGUUUGGCUUCCACCCUCAUGGAGUCCUCGUGGCUGGAGCUUUUGGCAACUUCUGCACCGAAGCGACAGGCUUCUCUCGCCUCUUCCCUGGCCUCACCUCCUAUCUCCUGAUGCUGCCUUUCUGGUUUAAGGUGCCUUUUUACAGAGAGUAUAUCAUGUGUGGAGGGCUGGUCUCUUCAGAGAAGCAGAGCGCCAAUUAUAUCCUGAGCCAGGAGGGUGGUGGCAAUGUGGCGGUGGUGGCAGUGGGAGCCCCAGAGUCGCUGGAUGCCCGUCCGGGGGCCCUGAAGUUGCGGGUGCUGGGGAGGAAGGGGUUCAUCAAAUUGGCACUGAAGACUGGUGCCCACCUUGUGCCGGUGUUUUCCUUUGGCGAGAACGAGCUCUACCAAGUGGAGAACCCCCCUGGGUCCUGGCUAAGGGCGACACAGGACAAGCUGCAGAAGGUGAUGGGUCUGGCUUUGCCCCUGUUCCAUGCCCGAGGGAUAUUCCAGUACAGUUUUGGACUUGUGCCCUUCCGUAACCCUGUCUACACUGUUGUGGGGAAGCCAAUUGCUGUGCAGCAGAAUGUGAGUCCGUCGCGGGAGGAUAUCGAGAAACUCCAUGGGGAAUACCUGCAACAGCUUGUCGCUCUGUUUGAGGAGAACAAGACCAACUAUGGCAUCGCGGAGUGUAACCAA